AUGACAGGGCUGUGUUGUCAACAAUACUCGCACCUUAAGUCCAACGUCCCGCGCGAGGACGUGGUGUUUUAUACGACGUACCUUCCCGAGGACUAUCGAAGCCUGCCGGAUUGCGAGCCGUCUGGAUUAAUGAGCAAAGAUGCUACCGUAAACGCCAGGAUGCACGACGGCCGUACGAAUCUGAUGUUGAUCUGGCUAGGAAGGACAGAACCUCGACAUCUCCCAGAAUUCUGGAUAGCCUACUACAAGGCUAUGGCGCAGGCACAGUCUUCACUCAAGAAAACAAGACAGCAAAACGCACAGAAAGCCAGAGAUGCAAAAGCAAAGAAAACAGCAGCGACAACGCAGAAAGCUCUAGUCACCGAAAUUUCUUCAUCCGAGGAUGAAGACCCUAUUCAAAACCCCCUUAUCUCUUGCUUGCGAGUCUCCCAAACCUGGAAUCCUUUUCCAUAUAUAACACUUGCGACACCUAUUUCCCAAUAA